AUGUCACCGGUUACUAAACACUUUCCUAAUCUGGGCGCGAUUUACAAUGCUGCCCCCAAUGUUGUCUCAAAAGUAAAGAAUGUAUGGCACGCCUGUCCUCAAUCCCAAGCAUCCACCAACGGUAAUCUAUACAACUUCACUAUCGAUUACAGUAUCGCAGAUCUCCACGGCGAAUACACCGCAGCACAAGUCUGUCCUCUAUCCGCAAUCGGCGUGUCCUGUACCUCAAAAAGUAGCGUCGACACCGCAGACAUCAACGGCGUUCACUCCACCUUUUCAAACUUCAUACGAAACGACACGCCCAUACCCACCCGCCGCGGUGAGUGCUCUCGAAGCCUCGGCGCCAAAACUCUCGCAUGCACACUGCGCCUCCAGGAUAAAGGAUGUAUUAGAUGGUUCUUCAACUCCGUUGGCGCACCGCUCCCCACCGACAGUGUACCAACGAAUAACCCCAGCUUCAUCGAUAUCGGUUUGAGAGAGAACGUCCAACUAGCUUACGUGCAAGCUUCACAGCUAAGACAGAGUCUAUUUAAAGCGUUUUCUUCAUAUGCCAUUACACUCAUGUACAACAAUGGUCGCGAUUUCAUUGCGCCCGAUGGGAGUCGUCUUGUCAAGACGAACCCCAACAUGACUGCUUUCACUGCUGGCACUGUAACAACGGGGAACGCCAUACCCGCCAUCAUUCCCAUUGCUCUAUUCGGGUUCUGGGCAGUUGCCAGCUCGGCACUGUGUCUUGUAUACGGCUUUCGCCGUCGCUGGAGUGCGAUAUUAGAUGGGCAUACGGUCUCUAGACUCGGCGUUGAGGUGAAGGAUGGGUACAAAGCGAAAUUCAAGAAGCAUUCGACGCUAGCGGAUAUCGAGGAGUGUACUGCGCUGCAUGAGAUUCUGGGGUUUUUGAGCGAUACGCAACCGAGGAAUUGUCUGGGGAGAAUCCGACUUGUUGAGGGGGACGCUGCUGAUAAGAAUAAGUAUUAUGAGUGA